AUGCGACAUAGACGACGAACAACUAUAUCAGCAAAUGAAUUAUCUCAAUCGAUUAUUCAAUCAUCUGAUUUAACAACACCGUCAAGACGUCAAAGUUCAACAUGUGUAUCUCACAAUGAGAAUCGUCAAAAUUCAAAUCAAUGCGAUGAAAAUGAUAAUUCAAUUGCACAUAGAAAUAUUUUAUAUAAAACAAUAAUUGAUUGA